AGAUUCUGAAUAAGGGAACCAUAGUACGUUGGUACGUUCCUGUGAGUCAUGAUCAUUUGUGUGAAAUUGUGUUAUCAAAUAUUCCAAUAUUUUCUCUUAAAAAAAUCCUAUCAUAAUUAAAUAAUUUAACUUACUUGGAAGAUCCCAAUGAGAGACCAACCACAAAAAACUUUAACUAAAAAAGAAAAGAAAUGAGAUCCACAAUCCACGAUCCACAAUGAAACACAACGAUCGCGUGGCCAGUGAAUUACUGUUCUGAUAACGAUCAAACGGAUGGUAAUAAAAGCGAUAAAAAACGAAAUCCAUUAGUACAAAUUUAAUUAAAAAAUACUAUUUGUCAGAUAUGAAAGACGUUUUUUUUUUAUGUUAAUUUGCAUCUUACUCGCACGAUAACAUUGUUUUCUACUCUAUACACAGUAAAGAAAUAGUCAUGCCGUUAUUCAAAUCACGUACUACUCCUAGAUCUUCCACACCAGAGAAAGAAAAAAUUUUGAAUGGUGAAACUCAUUACCAUAAUGAUCGCAAUCAAUCGAAUGGAAACAAGAACGAUCAAGAAAGUUCUCAAGAAAUUUUUGAUCAGCAACAAAACAGUAAUCAAGAGCAAAGACGAUCUUCUAAAAUUUCUAAUUCUCUACCUGUAUUUCAUUGUCAAUUAGCACAUGGGAGUCCAACAGGGUUGAUAUCAGGAUUCAAUAACGUACGAGAACUUUAUCAAAAAAUAGCGGAAUGCUAUGAUAUACCAAUCGAAGAAAUACUUUUUUGUACUUUGAAUACUCAUAAAAUUGAUAUGAAUAAAUUGCUGGGGAAUCAAAUAGAAAUAGGAGACUUUAUAUUUGCACAUAAAAAAGGAACACCUAAAGAAAUAGAAUUAACCAAAACGAACGACUCUUUUGGAUUAACAAUAACCGAUAAUGGUGCAGGAUAUGCUUUCAUAAAACGUAUCAAAGAAGAUUCGGUGAUUGAUAGGAUAAAAGUAAUUCAGGUUGGAGAUCAUCUUGAAAAAAUUAAUUCUAUUAGCCUAAUUGGCAAACGUCAUUUAGAAGUAGCAAAAAUGUUAAAAGAAAUUCCUAAGGGAGACACAUUUACUUUAAGAAUUGUGGAACCAUUGAAAAAUGGGUUUGCUAAUAUUGGUCCACGGGGAGAUAUGAAAAAAGGAAAGAAAUCCAGUUAUGGAACUGGAAAAGAAACUCUUAGAUUCAAAGCUGAUGGAAGUGCGCAAAUUAUAGAAAAAGUGGAUGAUGCUGUUACUAUCGGUAUAGAAAAAAUUAACGUGAUAUUGGAAAGUUUUAUGGGUAUUUAUGACACAGAAUUAGCUACACAAAUCUGGGAACUUGCAAAAGACAAAUGCAAUAGUAUAGAAUUUGCGGAAGCAAUCGAUAAUUCAGAUUUAGAAGAUUUUGGAUUUAAUGAUGAUUUCGUUAUCGAGUUAUGGGGUGCUGUGACUGAUGCCAGAGCUGGAAGACACCGAUGAUAUUAAGAUUUACAUUAAAAAGUUAUAUCAAGAUAUCAAGAUAUAUAUAUAUAUGAAUAAAAUUAAACAAAUAUAAACUAUUCUUUAUUAUCAUGAGCUUAUUUGUAUUUUAGAAAUAUAAUACAUAAUGGAACUGUAAAUUAUUUA